CGUAAAAACAACAUGGCCGAUGCAGAAGAGACUCCAGCACCAGAAGCUGCUGAAACUGAGGCUGCACCAGCAGCUGAGGGAGAAACAGCCCCAUCAGCAGAGGGAGCUGCAGAGGUUGAACCAACUGCUGGAGAAGAGGCUGCUACAGAAGAAGCACCAGCACCAACAGAAGAUGCUGCUCAGCCUGAUGCACCUACUGAGACACAAGAGGAAACAUCAACAGAUGCACCCCCAGCAGAAGAAGCUGCUCCAGGGGAUGGAGAGCCAAGUGCCCCUGCUGUGGAAGGAGAGGUAGCUCCAGAUGCGGAGAAUCCAGCCGAGGGUGGAGAGGGAGCGGAGAAGGGGGAGGAGCCUGGAGAGAAACUGGAGACAGGGGAGGAAGGUGGUGAGGAGGGGGAGGGAGGUGAUGGUGAGCAGAAAGAAGGGGAAGGAGAGGCAGCUGGAGAUGUACCUGAAGAUGCUGAAGCUGUUACAGAAGGAGCAGAAGGUGAUGAAGCAGAUGGACAGGAGGAGAAGCCUGAAGGAGAAGUAGAAGAGGAGGGUAAAGAGUCCGCCCCAGCAACACAGACAGAAGAGCAACAAGAAGGAGGAGAAGAUGCAGAAGGAGGUGAACAAGCCCCUCCAGAGGAAGGAGAACAAGAGAAACCAGCCUCCCCUCUUCCACAGAGUGAUACGUUCGCAGAGGGGGAGAGACCAGAGACUCCUGUGGUAGCUGUGACUGAACCAUUAUCUAGAGAGGGGAGUCCGGCUGGGGAGCCAGAACAGCUGGAAGCAGGCACACCAGAAAGAAUGGAAUCCCCCCAAGAGGAGGAAGAGUAUGACGAUGAGGAGGAACCAUGGAUGACCAGAGAAGAACUCCUCGAGAUGUACCAGGCCUGUAUGAGUGACAGAGAGCAGCUACAUGGCCAGAACGUUCAGCUCCAACAUAAGUUGGCAGAGUACUUCCGAAAAAAGAAGACUGAUGAUCAACGCCAAGACAUGGAUAAGAACGUCACAGACCAGGAACAGCGAUAUCUGAAAUAUAUGUCGAAUCUUGAAGAGCUUCGGAAGCAAGAGGAAGAAGAGCGUGAGAACCUGAGCCUCCAGCUGGAGGACCUGAAGGAACGUCGUACAGACAAGCUGGAUGCUGUGGAGCAUGAGACCAAUCAGUUCACCGUGCUCAAACAACAGUCGGCUGAAAUCGCUAUCAAUAGCCGCACAGGGAAAGCCAUCACUCCAAAGGAUACAGAGCAGUAUCUCUUGAAUGAGGCUCGGAAGGAGGAGGAGGUCAAGCAAGUAAGACUGGAGAACAUUAAGCUGAGGAAUCGACUGAGGAAGCGCGAGCAGCAGCUCAAGGCUAAGGAGGAGCUUGCUGAAGGACUGCAUCUUAUUGACUUUGAGCAGCUUAAGAUUGAGAACCAGACGUAUAAUGAGAAGAUUGAAGAGAGGAACGAGGAACUUCUGAAGCUUCGCAAGAAGAUUACAAGCACAGUCCAGGUGCUGACCCACGUCAAGGAGAAACUGCAGUUUGUACAGGCCGAGAACCAGGUUCAAAAGGGCAAACUGAAGGAAGUAGAGUCAUUGGUUGCUCAGAAAAGAGACGUUCUAUCCAGGACGAAGAAGGCGAGAGACAGCCUGAGAAUCGAUAACCAAAAGCUCAGACAGAAAUCAGGACUACUCGGUAACACGCCGUUACUACGUGACUUUGAGGAUCGUAAGGAUGAAGGUGACCAGCUGAGGGGAAAACUGGAGAGCUUGAAGCGCCAACACGCUGAGCUGACUCUCACAUGCUCCGGAGUCCGACGGAAAAUUGAUGAGGCUAGAUCUGGCAGAAGUUAAUUGAUCUUGAGAUAAUAUUAUAUAUUUAAAAACACAUUGACAUGUAUAUUGAGUGGAGUGCCACGCCUGGAAUUACACAGAAACAGCAAAAGUCCAUGGCCUUUAUUACCCUGGUCUUGGCCUUGGUGCCCCUUAAAAGGUUUCCAAUGGACUUCAGAUUUUCCAAUAAUGAUGCCCUGCCCUCUCACAUAUGAAAAACCAGGCUUGAACAUAUCAUCUAAGAAAAUCAGUACAAACUCUUUUAGUGCAAAGGUGGAACAUCUGAUUUACGUUGUGUAUUCCGAAAGUGCCACUAUCUUACAGUAUGCAAUCUUUUUAAAUGUACUUUGAAGUGUCUUUUAUCAUAUGUUAUCAGGCCUGCGUUUGGGCAAUACCAGUCUCUGAGGUAUGGUGUACAUUAUGGGAGCGCCGUUUGGUUUGGCUGUCCACAGACAAAUUUACCCAAACCAUAUACAUUGUAGGUAUACUGUGAUAUAAGACUGGAUUGAUUUCAAGCUUACAUAACUUGAGCUUUUGCCUAUUGUAAAUUAAGUCCUUUUUCUAUAAUGAAAGUACAUCAGAAUUGGGGCAUUUUUAUAUAGAGUUGAAUUUAAUCGAUCUCUCAAGUUGGAAUGUAAACAAAACGAUACUUAUGUUUCUUCAAUCUGCAGUUACAGCCAAGAUGAUUGUUAUAUGUUAUGUCUUCAAGUAUGGGCACAGAAAGGAGUACAUGUUGAUAUUUAACUUUGUUUGGUUGUAAUUUCCAUGAGUGAAAGCACUCAGUACUUUUGGCCGUCAGUUUUUGAAAGCAAUUACUAUGACUCUCACUGACUUCAAAGCAAGUAAUACAUCAGUCCGAGUUCUGUACAGUAAAUAAAAUUUUAAUAAUUCAACAUCA